AUGGCGAUUAUCGCAGUCGCAGGGGGAACUGGUAGUGUCGGCCAGACCAUCGUGGAAGCCCUCGUGGCGCAUGGCAAGCACACGAUUCUCAUCCUCACGCGCAAGGUGAGCCAGUCAUCCCUGGGUUCCGGUCGCUGGGUCGACGAGCUCACCUACCUGUCGGUAGACUACGGCAACGUUGGCGCUACAGCAAAGUCUCUCGAGGCUGCAGAGGUCCACACUGUCAUCUGUGCGUUCGGCAUGGAAUCGGAUGCCAUCAGUGAGGCCCAAGUCAAUCUUAUCCAUGCCGCAGACAUGUCGGGGUCGACGAAGCGCUUCGUAGUGGGUGGGUACGAUAUGUUAUUUAAGGAUGAGCAUAUCCCUUUGGUGCCCACCGCAAAGUGGGCUUUGGCGGCGACUCACGCGGUCGAGGAAUCGAGUCUCGAAUAUACGCGCGUGGUAAAUGGGCUAUUCCUGGAUUAUUAUGGCCUUCCGCACUGGAGAAGCCAUCUCAAACCAUGGGUCAAUGCAGUCAACGUGGCAGGGAAAUGGGCAGUUCUUCCGGGCGAUGGGACCUCCAAGGUCAACUUCAUCACUUCCCAAGACAUGGCACGGUUUGUCGCAAGACUCAUGGACUUAUCGGAGUGGCCGCCGGUGAGUUUCAUUGCUGGCCAGACUGCAUCUUUCAAGGAUAUUCUUCAAUUGGCGGAAAAUGCGCGAGGUGAACGCUUUUCUGUCAAACACGACAGUCUCGAAGACCUUCGAAAUGGCCGAAUAUCCUUCCCCAAAUUCGAGGAGACUGGGCUUGAAAGUAGUGGACACUCAACGGAGUCCAUUUUCGCAUUAUUCCACUACAUAUCUGGCACCGGGGGAUAUACUAUUACCAGCAAUGAUACUUUGGACACUCGAUUUCCUGACAUCCAGAUUAUGACCGCGGCGGAAGUCAUCGAAUCUUCCUGGAGAAACCGGUGA